AUGCCUUUGGUUAAGAUCACAAACCGGACUUCGCGCCCUAUCAAUGUGGCUCUAUCAAUCAUUAUACCAAUUCAUUUCCACAACGAACUCUUGCCCCAGCAGACUUGGGAAACCCAAGUGGGUAGUGUAUGGUUGGUUCAACCUGACUGGUGCGAGCAUUGCGAUUGUUGCUAUUCCACUGGCGAUCACCAGCCUCGCUCCAAUUGCUGGAACAUCGUGCACAGUGAACAGGGACUCAAGGAAGAAGAACUAGAAAAAACUCUGCAAGAAACAAGUACUCUUCUCGAUGGAAUCAAGUAUCUCUGCCUACCCAACGCAGCAGACCCGACUGGCAAGGAGCACGAACAGGAAGCCGUAGAUCCUUCCGGUACAACCGAAACCCAAGCCGUUGAAACCUCGAAAAAUGCGCUGUUAGGAAUCUUGACUCCUGAGAUGCUCGAUAGGUUCACAAAAUUUUAUUCAUCCAAAAGUGAUAAAGUGACACUAGACCUCAAACCACAAAGCCCGAAUGCAGAAGGCUCUCCCACACGCCAACCUCAAAAAUCUCAUCUCGAGGGUUCUCCAGAAACAACGCAGAGCGAUUCAAAAUCAAAGGGCAGAAAUCUGAGAGAAUCUCCAUUGGAUAGUUUAACAUCCGUCUUCCAUGAUUUUUCAAGGUUUCAACGUCAAAACAUGAAACGUAGAAAAGGCAAAUCGAUGCAAAGAAAAUCCGAUUCGGAUAACGUGCCUUCUGGUGAUAAAGAUAAGACGGCAAACAUUUUAACCGAAGACCGCGAAGAAGAAGAAGAUUGGGAACUGGUCGAAAGCGAUAUGAUUUCCAGGUUUAACGAUCAGCCGACAUUCAAUGCAAAUGAAACAGUAUAUAUAGGUUUCAAUGUUUUAUAUCAGUUCGAGUGGCAUAUGAACAAUGAUGUCAAGAAUAAUCCAGGGACCAGAUUUAAGCUAGUAGACACAUCAAUGUAA